CCACUCGGCAACAUGCGACACUUGGGUGUCGGUCGGUCGGUCCUUUUCUUUCACCCCUAGGUUUCCCACAAAAAGCGCGGCAACACGUACACUCCAAAACCCCAUAAACCCCCACCGUCAUCGUCAUCACAAUGGGAAAGCAAAAACAACAAGUCAUCUCCCGUUUCUUCGCUCCAAAACCCAAACCCUCUUCUCCCCCACCACCACCACCACCACCACCACCAUCGUCAACAUCUCCUAAUAUCUCCGCCACAGUCACCUUCUCCCCUCUCAAACGCCGCCGUACCUCCCACCUCAUUUCCCCCUCCAACCCCAACUCUCCAGAACCCUCUCAAAACCCUACUCUCCACCAAAAGUUUCUUAACAAACUUCUACAACCCUGUGAUGAUGAUGAUCAAGUUUUCACUUCAAGUACCAAUGUCUUAUCAAACCCUAAAUACACUCCACUAGAGCAACAAGUAGUUCAACUUAAACAUAAAUACCAAGAUGUUCUUUUGAUGAUUGAAGUCGGUUACAGGUUUCGGUUUUUCGGCCAAGAUGCGGAGAAUGCUGCUAGAGUUUUGGGGAUUUAUGCACAUAUGGAUCAUAAUUUUUUGACAGCCAGUGUACCCACUUUUAGAUUGAAUGUUUAUGUGAGGAGGUUGGUGAGUGCAGGGUAUAAAGUGGGUGUUGUCAAGCAGACGGAGACCGCCUCGAUUAAGGCUCAUGGGUCGAAUAAAUUGGGCCCCUUUUGUCGUGGCUUGUCCGCCUUGUAUACCAAGGCUACCCUUGAAGCUGCUGAGGAUGUGGGUGAGGGAGAGGAUGGGUGUGUGUCUUGUAAUAAUUAUUUGGUUUGUGUUGUUGAUAAUGAGGUUGUUGGUGUGGAGGGGACUCAUGUGAAGAUUGGGAUUGUGGGUGUUGAGAUUUCGACCGGAGAUGUUGUUUUUGGAGAGUUUGAUGAUAAUUUGUUAAGAACCGGGCUGGAAGCUAAGAUAUUGACCUUGUGUCCUGCUGAAUUGCUUCUUGGUGAUCCGUUAUCUAAGCUAACCGAGAAGUUGUUAGUUGCAUAUGCUGGACCUGCUUCAAAUGUACGGAUGGAACGGGCAUCUCGAGAUCGCUAUAAAGAUGGUGGUGCACUGGCUGAAGUAAUGUCUGCUUAUGAGAAAAUAGGCGACAGCGAUACUCCUCAGGGAGAAUCUGUAGAGUUAAAUGGAAAGACUAAAAAUCAAUUGGCGGUAAUGGGCAUGCCUGAUUUGGUUGUUCAGGCAUUGGCCUUGACCAUCAAUCAUUUGAAACAAUUUGGUUUGGAAAGGAUUCUGUGCUUGGGAGAUCCAUUUCGGCCUUUUUCUAAUAAUGUGGAGAUGAUCCUUUCAGCCAAUGCUAUGCAACAGUUAGAGGUUCUGAAGAACAACACCGAUGGUUCUGAGUCUGGCUCCUUGUUUGAGUGUAUGAAUCAAACGCUUACCACAUGUGGUUCAAGGCUUCUCAGGCACUGGGCGAGUCAUCCUUUACGCGACAGAAACAUGAUUAAUGCUCGUCUUGAAGCUGUUUCUGCGAUUCUUGAAUCAAUGAAUUCUCCUAAUGCAUAUGGUGGUUUGCGAUUCCAUCAAUUGUUUACUUCAGUUUUGACUAAUUUAGGAAGGUUGCCUGAUAUCCAACGCGGAAUUACAAGAAUUUUCCAUCGAACUGCCACCGCAUCUGAGUUCAUAGCAGUCAUUCAAGCCAUCAUAGUAUCAGGGAAACAGCUUCAGCAGCUUCGAGUUGAAGAAGAGGCCAUUCAUUCUUCAUUGCUGAAAAGGUUGACUUUGACCGCAUCAUCAUCCAGCAUAAUUUCUACCGCAGCAAAGCUGCUCUCUGCCUUGAACAAGGAAGCCGCUGAACAAAGGGAUCUUUCCAAUCUGUUUGUUGUUUCAGAAGGACAAUUUGAAGAGGUUGGUGCAGCAAGGGCCAAAGUGAAGCAGGCAAUGGAGAAAUUAGAUUUGUUAAUUGGUUUAUACCGUAAACAAUUGAAAAAUCAGAAGCUGGAGUUCAUGAGUGUGUCUGGAACGACUCAUCUGAUAGAGUUGCCACUAGAUGUAAAGGCUCCUUCAAAUUGGGUGAAGGUUAACAGUACUAAGAAGACUAUACGCUAUCAUGCACCAGAAGUGUUGGUGGCUUUAGACCACCUGUCAUUGGCUAAUGAGGAGCUCCUUGUUGUGUGCCGCUCAGCAUGGCACAACUUUUUAAAUGAGUUCAGCAAAUACUAUUCUGAGUUUCAAAGUGUUGUUCAAGCACUAGCAGCUUUGGAUUGCUUACAUUCUCUUGCUCUUCUUGCAAGAAACAAGGACUAUAUUCGCCCUGUUUUUGUUGAGGAUAGUGAACCUGUUCAGAUAUGUAUAUCCUCAGGGCGCCAUCCGGUAUUGGAGACUAUGUUACAAGAUAGUUUUGUCCCGAAUGAUACAAGUUUACAUGCGGAUGGGGAGUAUUGUCAGGUUGUUACAGGACCAAAUAUGGGUGGAAAGAGUUGUUAUAUACGGCAAGUGGCUCUCAUUGCUAUUAUGGCACAGGUUGGUUCCUUUGUACCAGCAUCAUCAACAAAACUGCACGUGUUAGAUGGAAUUUACACAAGAAUGGGAGCUUGUGAUAACAUUCAGCAGGGAAGAAGCACAUUUUUAGAAGAAUUGGGUGAGGCUUCUCAUAUACUUGAUACUUGCACGGACCAAUCUUUAGUGAUUCUUGAUGAGCUCGGUAGAGGCACAAGCACACAUGAUGGGGUUGCAAUUGCUUAUGCUACAUUGCAAUAUUUGUUAGAGCAGAAAAAAUGUAUGGUGCUAUUUGUCACUCAUUAUCCAGAAAUAGUCAGUUUGACUAAAGGGUUGACUGGCCGUGUUGGGUCGUAUCAUGUUUCAUAUCUUACGUCACAGAAGGAUGAAUGUACAAUCAACUCAAAUGGUGACUGUGAAGACAUUGUUUACCUUUAUAAGCUUGUUCCUGGUGUUUCUGAAAGGAGUUUUGGAUUUAAAGUCGCACAGCUUGCACAGCUACCCUUGUCAUGUAUAAAUCGGGCAAGUGUGAUGGCCAUGAAAUUGGAAGAAGCAGUGGGCGACAGGCGUAAAAAUCGGUUGGCACAGAAGAAUUUAGAAGAAUCAGAUGAAAGUCGAGAAGCAAAGGCCUUCAAAGAAUUUUCUUCGAAUCUGAAAUUGGCGUUGUCAGAAGAUGUUGAUUCUGCAACAAGGCUGCAGUGUUUAAAGCAUGCUAGAAACCUUGCACUUGAGUUGAGAAAUAGGUAAACAACACUUCACUUGCAAUGUUUAUUAAAUGAUCUGUAAAUUGUACCAGUUUUGUCCACGUAUUUCUGGGUGAGAUCAACGGUCGAACUUAGAUCGAAAACCACAUAUUUUGGGCCAUUAACUAAUAGUCUUAACAUGUACGAAGGUGUCUACAUCACAAACAAAUUUAAAAAAAAAAAAAAACAGACCAAACUAAGAACCUAAA